AUGGCUCACCAUACGCUAAAUUUUGGUAAAUGUUUUCUGACCCCUUGUGAAGAAUGCACAGUCUAUAAUUGUUGGGGUCAAUAUUCUACAAGUGUCAAAUUAGAAGAAGCAGGAAAGAAAAAAAAAACCCAUAAAGCUCUAGGAGAUUUGUAUAAUAGGACACAUGAAGUUGUCCCAAUUUGGCAUGUACAGAAGAAACAGAAAAUAUUCCUGAUCACAAUAACACAAAAGUUGAAAUUAACAAUAAAAGUAGAGGCUCGUUUCCGCUGGAUCACUCCCCUCCAUAGCCUGUGCCCUGUCUAUCACGAGCACACCGUGGCCAGGCCCCUGCGCACCCCGCUGCGGCUGCUAGCCGCUGUGGCCCUGACUCUGGCCCUGGCUGUGAGUCCCGGGACCGGCAGGAGAAACAAGUCUGCACUGGUGGGCGCCCCUUUGGACGCCGACGUCAACGAGGAGGGAGGCGCUGAACUCAGCGGGUACAGCAAGGGGAGCAACGACGUGUACCCCAGCCGCGCGAUGCGGGUGGUGCGUGCCCGAAAGCAGGCCGUGGCUGCGUUGAACUACUUCCUGGACGUGGAGAUUGGACGAACCAGAAGUACCAAGCCCCAUCCCAACUUGGACACCUGUCCCUUUCAUGACCAGCCACACCUGAUGAGGAAAACGCUCUGCUCUUUCCAGAUAUACACUGUACCCUGGAUGGGCAAGACAUCCCUGGUGAAGUCCGGCUGCCAGGAUGCGUAGAGGACCCUGUGAUAGGCUGGGUUGCUCAGGCCCCCUUCUGCCACCCCGCUCCUCCUUGUAGAACUCCUAAUCCUUGGAAGGGUGGCCCUGUCCAAGGAUGUCCCCUCAGUGUGCUGGUCCCAGGAGACAAAUAGAAAAGGAUUCUGGGGCAUUUUUUGGAAAGCAAAAUGUAAUGCACUCGUUCUGCUGUAUCUUCAUCAAUAAAAAGUCACAUCAGCUAAAAAAAAAA